GGCUAAAGUGAUCAUGAAAACCCAGGAGCAAGGUGGGUGCAUUCAACUCAAGAAUCUAAGUGGACAGUUUAUAAUUACCUCUUACCUGUUGACAGGGCCACAAUAUACUAAAGUAGACAGUCUCUACCUAAGGAAAAAUGUGACCAAUCAGGGUAUCCAUAAUUCUCGUUAUAGUUAACAAGCAUAUACUAUCCUCAUUCGUUACGCCCUUAGGAAGGUUCCUGCUGGGGUCUUGUUUAAUCCAAGCCGAAGCUGUAGUCAUAUACAUCAAGUAGAUAGGAUCUAGACGUUUAAUCUAGCUCUUCCAGGCUCCUUAACCUCUCGAGACAGGGCUUCCUCCACAUCUGGUAUUCCACGAUCAGAAUUCCAUUCCUGCACAUAACCUGGCCCUGCCCACGUGUUCCCGUGUCUUAGUCUGUGGUUACAAAAGGUGCCUCUGAGAAAUCACUUACGAGCUUGUAGACAGGAUAUUGAAGAGGAGGAGUCCUUCAUUUUUCCCAAUCGGUUGGGCUCGUCUCCCUUUCCUCUAUUCAUAACAUUAAUCUCACAUAGCACUAUAAGCAGGACGUCAUACAUACAAUAUCUGGGGGCCCAUCAUAUCCACAGCUCGCCGGGAUUUUGCAUCAACGCUUUGACUCGAGCCCUUCCAGCACUUUAUACCGUUCUGCAUGCAGCUUAGAUAGCUACUAGCGGCCAGGAUGAAGGCUACAAUACUCCAGAUUGCUCAGCUUAUUCGCUCUACCUUAAAAUACUCUUUCUUGCACCAUGUUGAGCCUACGUCGGAACACUCAGAAAAGUCCACGUUAUCCUCCGAGGCAACAUGUGUAUCCUCAAAUCUUCAUGGGAGUGCCUUGGCUAUAGCCACCCAACUCAAUGGAAAAGUGUUACAUCUCUCUGACCUCACCAAGGUGUUUGCUUCGUGGCCGACGGCAACAAACAAGCAUGUUCGUGAGUUAGAGACUCUGGUCGAUUCUCUGCUUGAGCGAGUCGUCACGAAUGAGCGGAAGUUGAAAGCGCUCAAGCAAGCAGACUUUGCUCGCCUCAUGUCUUUAUGGUAUCCUGACGCCGAAUGGCCAGAGCUACUGGUUGCCACAGCGUACUCUGUAUGGAUCUUUGUCUGGGAUGACGAGAUUGAUGCAGGUGAUACCGACGCUGCAAACCACGAGGAGCUGGCUCAAGCUUACUACAAGCAAUCCCUCGCCUAUAUUCACAGCCAACUGGGCCUUGAUAAAGACCAGAAGGAUGACAUUGAGGCGCCUCACCAGAAUAUGGCUUUAUUUGCGGAUGUAGGCCGCGGAUUGCUAAAGGCGACCGAUACUCAACAACGACAGCGAUUCUUUGACGAGCUGGAGAAUUUCAUGCUACAGGUGGGCGUUGAGCACUCGCACCGUAUGGCCGGAACAAUGCCAACUACGGAUGAAUAUAUGGAAAUACGAUCAGGCUCUGUCGGAUGUGCACCACAAAUCGCUAUCACCGACUACAUGCUAAAGAUAAGGCUUCCUGAGACAAUUAUGGAGUGUGCAGUUAUGCGGUCUCUCUGGAGAGAAACCGUCUAUAUUUGUCUUAUACUGAAUGAUGUUUACUCAGUCCAAAAAGAAAUACUCCAGGGAUCGCUUCUAAACAUUGUGCCUGUGAUAUUCCAUAACAUGAAGCGGGGUGAAAUGGACGCCGUGUCAAGAGAUCUGGAUGUCACGCUUAAGGAGUCAAUGGAGAGAUUUGAGGCGGCCGCAGAGGAAUUUAGGGCCAUGGCACCUGAAGACUCCGAGUUGCAUGGCAACAUUCUCAACUACAUCAAGUGGUGCCGCUAUUUCAUCACAGGAGUGCUCUACUGGAGUCUGGAGUCGCGCCGCUACGGAAUGGCGAAAUGCAUCAAUGCAGAUGGUACAUUGAGUAUUAGAUUAUGAAGCGACCACGACCGGGUUGUAAUUCUUCUGCAGUCCGGAUGCAACGGGGUGUCGAGGUAGUCCCUGGUAGUUUCGACAUCAUUAAGUAUAAUGUCACUUCGUACUGUUACAGCCCAGUCCUGCAAGCCAUUAUGUGCGUCAACACCAACACGUGGGGAGGGCAUCAACGCCCCCUGUGCCCCCCGCUCUUUUUCUUAACGAGGCCGUAAUUAGGGUAAUUAGCCUCAUAUUAUUACUGUACAGCAUAUACU